AUGUUCUUUAAAAAUGGCAUACGAUCAGGCGUAUUCAGACUUAUCAUUCUGAUCACUUACAUCUUCAAUUUGACCUUUGUUCAGGCCUUUUAUCCAUGCUCUGGUGAAAGGUACUUGAGUGCUGGUUCCGCUUUCAAAGUCGAGUCAAAAAACAGUAAAUAUGCAGCACAAUUCGUCAAUAUCAAUGAUGCAUUAAGUAAACAAGCUUUGCAGGGACAAGCUACAGCAAAAAGCUCGACUAAAAAUGUCGAAGUUCCGGUGAAGCCAGGGAUGUCUAUCUUAUCCACAGAUUCUAAUACGCAAGCGUAUUUCGUGAACGUUACAAUUGGAGAUGAAAUAUACCCAUUAGUUGUAGAUUCGGGAUCUGCUUACCUUUGGGUUUAUGGGAGCUCAUGCACAUCAAAGUCGUGCACCUCAAACAAAUUGUUUUCUACAGAUAACGUCAAGAGAGCAGCCGAUGAAUCUACUUUUUCGUUGAUCUACAGCUCUGGAACUGCCUCUGGUGACGUCUAUGAGGAUAGAAUUAUUGUGAAUAAGUUGGCAACCACUCAGAAUUUUACCUUUGGUGUUGCAAAUGAGGUGCCCGAUAUUUUUGAGAAUUAUCCAGUUAGUGGUAUCUUUGGGUUGCCAUCCAAUAACUCGGACAACAUAGAGAGUAUCAUAUCAGUUUUAAGCGAAUCCAACGCCAUAUCCAUGGAGAAAUUCUCACUGAUUAUUGGCGCUCUUAAUUCAAAAGAUAACACUACAUCAGAGGAUUCUGCCUUACAAGCUCCUUUGACGGAAAAUAAAGGGCUGUUUAUUAUUGGCGAUUUAGUAGAGGAUUUGUACACUGGUGAUAUUCAUUACGCUUCAUUGAUAACAAAUGAAAACCAUUAUUGGCAGUUGAAAAUUGAUAGUGUUUACGUCAAUUCACAAGCUGUGAAUUUCUCGACUUCGGAGGCCGUGACUGGAUCACAAUCUUCAUACAUAAGAUCGGGUAUUGUUGAUAGUGGUACUACACUGCUAAUUUUACCCACUCAAGAUGCAUUGGAUUUGCAUACAUUUUUCGUUAAUUCUGUUUCCGAUGGUACAAAUUUUGCUAUCCCAUGUAAUUCAACCGAGAUACUUUCUUUGGAAAUCAAUGGUGUAAAAUGGCCUAUCUCAUCCGAAGAAUAUCUUGGGGAGGCAUACCCUCAAGAUUCAUACUAUUAUGGGUAUUGUGUUUCCAACAUUCAGGGUCUGGAAUUGGACGAAUCUUGGAUCUUAGGCGCUGUAUUUUUGAAAGAUAAGUAUGCCGUAUUUGAUGUGCAAAACCAACAAUUUGGCUUAGCUAACAAGAAUGAGAACGCAAUACUAGUACCAUAUGUUAACUCUGCUACCAAUAGCUCCGAUACUAUUAGCGGUGAUAGAAGCAGCACUACGAUCAGUGCCAGUAAUUUACCAGCAACAUCGACUGCAGCUUCUUCAAGCACCUCAAAGUCUGGCUCUACGUCUUUUGGUUUGGGAUCUACUAUAAAACCUCAAUCUUUCAUGUCAUGGGUUGCUACUUUGAUUUUAUUAGCCUUUUGA